AAAUCACUGGACAUCCAUUUUGGCCAGUAAACAACUGAAAAUGUUACCAAAUGUACCUUUUUAAAGACGGAGAUACGUACAGUGUGUGACACGCGUAUUCUAACAUUGCUGAGUCUUCAAAAAGGUGUUCAGAACAAACACGAAUGUAUAGAUUGGGAAUCUGGCCAGAGUGAAAUGAGCUCAGCUAAUUUGUGAAAGACGCAAUGUUCGGUCUCCCCCCCUUGACGAUGAUGGUCGAGAUCAAAUGUAGCUUAUUAUCAAGAAUCCUGUUACGUAACGUCCCCCCAAAAAAUCAACUCCAUCUGUAAGAGAAGGUCACUGUAGUUGUCAUGUGAGGAAAUCGAUAUCUUUGUUGUUAUUAUUAUUGUCACACCGCAACCGUGACAGUUCUGUCAAGUUUGCGUAACGUGCUUCUGUUUGGAAAAUGUAGCCUCCUGCACAAUCUCAUCGCUGCUAUGCCAAUGCGAAAGGUUCAAGGUUAGUACACUUGUAUGAGAUAUUUCACAUGCGUACUUUAUGAAGUGAGAAGACGGAUUUCCUGUAACUGUUGCGCUUUUCUUAAAUCUUUCAUCUGACUGAACGGGUCAUUUGUACCCGUUUUCUUUCGAGCCUUUACAUUUAAACCCUCAGUGGAGUGCGCUAAGGACCCCCGUGCAUGUUAUUUGAACAGAUUUGACUGCUGCACUAACACUUUUUAUAUGUACAAAGCAUGUAUGUAUAUACUGUAGUUGUCUGUUGGGUGCAAAUGUCCUCAAGUUUGCAUUUGUUUCCAAUAAAUGCUGACUGUUCAGCAUCAUCACGUGACAUUCCUAUGCGCAUAGCAGGCCCCGGUAAACUUGCUCAUUUGCGUCUCCUGUGGGUGCAGGACUUCCUACUUUCAAAGUCUCAGUCUGCAGUCAUAGACUCAAGUGCUUUUUUUGUGGUCUCCGUCCUGUCCCCCUUCCAUGGAAAGCAGCAUUGGAGUCUCGGCAACCAUGGAGACAGAUGAAGACCAAUAUUCGCUCCUCUUAGAACUUCUCAAAAUGAAUGAGACAUACGACCCGAGCUAUGUGGUUAGCGAAAGUGUCAAACUCUGCAGGAAGUCAUCCGUCAACGAUUUUGGCUCAAAAUUCAACCCAGCUUUCUGCUACGUCAACUUCCUCCUGAGUUACCUUGGUAACGGGCUCGUCCUGUACAUCAUUUAUAAGUAUGAGAAGCUGAACACGGUGACAAACAUUUUCCUGCUCAAUCUGGUCCUCUCCAACAUCCUCUUUGCCACCAGUCUCCCAUUCUGGGCAACAUAUCAUCUGUCCGAGUGGAUUUUCGGUAAUGUUUUGUGUAAGUUGGUCAGCAGCGCCUAUUUCAUUGGUUUCUACAGCUCCAUCCUUUUCCUCACACUCAUGACAUUCGAUCGGUACCUCGCGGUAGUGCACGCGGUGGCGGCCGCCAAGAGCCGGAAAAGGAGCUACGCCAUCAUUUCCUCCGCAGCGGUGUGGUGCGUAAGUGUCCUAGCCAGUGUGAAAGAGCUGGUUUUCCAGAAUGUUUGGAAGAGUCCUUUCAACGGGCUGGUGUGCGAGGAAUCGGGAUACCCCGACAGCACCAUGGCCUUGUGGCGUCUGGUCACGUACUAUCAACAAUUUCUGGUUUUCUUCCUCCUCCCACUGCUCAUGGUGACCUACUGCUACAUCAGCAUCACCGUCCGCAUCCUGUCCACCCGAAUGAAGGAGAAAUGUCGUGCCGUCAAGCUCAUAUUUGUCAUCGUCUUCACCUUCUUCGUCUGUUGGACCCCCUACAACGUCGUCGUCCUCCUCCGAGCCAUACAGAGCACCAGUCCAGAUGUGGAGUGCGCCGACUCGGACGAGCUGGACUACGCCUUGUUUGUGACCCAGAAUAUAGCCUACCUCUAUUGUUGCAUUAGUCCGGUGUUUUACACAUUUGUGGGUAAAAAGUUCCAGAGUCACUUUAAAAGGCUGCUUGCUAAGAAAAUCCCAUGUCUGAGGAGACACAUAAGUCUCAGCAGCCACAGCACAAGAUCCACAUCCCAGAAGACGCCGCAUUCUGAUCACGAGUACUAGAUAAGCCCACAAAUGAUGGACAUGUCAAUAGAAAUUGGACCGGAACAAGGAUAAGCAAUGAACAUUUUAGAAAAAUAACAAAAAAAUAAAGUAAAAUCUGCUGUUGUAGUUUCUCAUGUAAGUGUGCUUUAACUGAUUUUUUUUUUUUUUUUAAUUGAUUUGAAAUGGUUUCUGUGUGUCUCUUGUAACUUGCUAGUCAUUUUAUUAUAUUGUACUGCAGUAAGCAAUGACUGGAAGUAAAAGCACUGGCGUCAUCGUUGUGCUUUCAUUUUAAAGGAUGCUGGCUUGAAUAUUAAAGCCCUCACCUGGACAAUCACAUUUAAGCAUGUACACAAGGCAUCAUUGAAAGAAAAUUAAGCGUUUUUAUUUUGCGUGUGUCUCGUAUAAAGUUUUGAAUACAGUACUCGCCAUCUUGGCCUCUGAUGAAAAACAGUAUACAUGCAUAUUGCGCUGAAAAAUGUAUAACUUCUACAUGUAUAAACAACAAAAAUCUGCGUUGAAUGUUUUUUUUUCCAUUAAAAUUCUUGGAAAAUC